GUCUCUUCCAUCGGAAUGUUAAUCAUUGUGCAACCCACUGGACCCAAGGGCAACAGAAGUGAUGUGGCCGAGUGGGGAUUCGGGAUGAAUUUGGCCUCGCUUCAGGGUCCGUCUUUUCAUUCGUUGACUGUCAUGUCACCGGUGCUUGUUUCCCUCCUGGCCGUGGUGGCGUCCCUUCUCGCCUACGCCGUCUACAGGACGAAGAAGAUCUACAGGACGUGGAAGGAUCGAGGGGUGAAACACGAGGAGCCGGUGCUUUUCCUAGGAAAUUUCCUGAGGACAGUCCUCCAGAAGGCGAACCAAGGCGAAAGGUUGAAAGAGGUGUGUGACCAGUUCCCGGACGAGAAGGUGGUCGGCUUUUAUGAGUUCAUCCGUCCAUCCUUAGUCAUCAAAGACGCCGAAUACGUCGAGGCGGUCCUCAUCAAAGACUUUCCUCAUUUUGUGGACCAUGGAUUCGAAAUCAACGAGACGACGAAUGCGCUUGAAGUCAGCCUUUUCACUAUGACGGGAAAAAGGUGGAGAGCUUACAGAAACAAGCUUUCGCCGAUAUUCACAACAGGGAAGUUGAAAUCCAUGUACGGACUUAUGACGGACAUAGCUAACAAUUUAAUGAAAGCUAUAGACAGAGAGAAAACGGAAUGUCUGGAGUUGAAAGACGUCCUGGGACGUUUCUCCAUGGACGUGAUCGGUUCUUUCGCGUUCGGCAUGGACGCCAACACCCUGGCCGAUCCCGAGUGUAAAUUCAGAAAAAUGGGGAAAAAAACCUUCGAUUUCAACUUCAAACAAUUCCUCAAGUUCAUGUUUAUAACCAACUUCCCAGGAAUUUCCAAGAAAUACGGCUUGCCUUUCAACCCUAAAGACAUCCGGGAUUAUUUCGUCAACGUCAUAAAGGACACGAUUGACUACAGGGUGGAAAAGAAAGUCCGGAGGAACGAUUUCCUCGACCUCAUGCUCCAGCUCAGGGAGAAAGGUUCCGUGGAAAUAACGACGAAAGACCCCAGCGAUGAUUACCUGGCGAUCAGCAAUGAGACGUACACGACAGACAAAUUUGAAGUGACAGAUGACCUGAUGGUCGGGCAGGCUUUUAUCUUUCUGACGUCCGGUUUCGAAGCAACCGCUAUAAUAAUGAACCUGAUGUUUUACGAACUGUCCAAAAAUCCCGUGAUACAAGAACGAGCCAGGGAGGAGAUAAAUGAGAAAGUACGCGAACACGGCAGCCUCAGCUUCGACUCCGUCAAGGACAUGAACUACCUGGACAUGUGCUUGAAAGAGACAUUGAGGAAGUACCCACCGGCCCAGAUCCUUUUCAGAACCUGCACUAAAGAGUACACAUUUCCCAACGGACUCGUCGUCAAACCGGGCGAGAAAUUGAUCAUCCCGGUUUUCUCAAUUCAUCGCAGCAAUGAGCACUACCCGGACCCGAUGAAGUUCGACCCCGAACGCUUCAGCCCUGAUGUAUUCCAGAGGCCUUGCACUUACUUGCCUUUCGGCGAAGGUCCGCGGGUCUGCAUAGCGAUGAGGUUCGCGACACAGGAGAUGAAAUUCUGCCUUGCAAAGGUCCUCAUGUCCUACAAGAUCAAAGUUAACCCUACAACAAAAGAACCGAUUGAACUAAAAAAGAAUUCGUUCAUCACCACAACAAAACACCCCAUUUACUUCGACCUGGAAAUGAUUUCUUCUUAAACUUAAAAAAGGAUUUUUUUUCCUUGUACGAUUUUAUUCAAACCAACGAGAAAAUUCAAUUCAAUGUGCCAACGAGAAAAUUUGAAAUCAAUAAACGCCCAAGAAAUGUAAUUGUUAAAAAAAGAACAA